AUAACAUCACAACAUUCAUUCUGUAGUUUAUUUUCUCUGGCAAAGACUAGAAAUGACUAUUUGCAGCCAAAUGGGCAGUUUUGCAUGUAUUUUACAUAGAUGUACAGAGUCCAGUGAGCUAAACAUCCUUCCCAUUACAACUCACGACUCAGAGAGAAGAGAUUAUUUGAUUAACAAAGUAGUUUGAAUGCUGCAUAACCUCAAAAAUAGGUGUGUAUCUCAAUCUCAUUUGUGUAAACCAGAAAUUUACAAAAGGGAAAAAAACUAAACACCCUCCUCUUAAGUGGAACAAAGCAUUCAACUCAAGCUAUUUGCUGGAGGACUCCUGACAAUCCUUUCACUUCACUUCUAAGUUACUUAACUUAGCACGAUGGAUGAGCUAGAUGAGACUCAGCUGAAGAAUCAUGUGGAAAGUCUGAAGCAGCAGCUACAGUUUAACAGAGAGAAAACAUCCGUCGCGAUUCCAGAGUUAACUAAAUGGAUCGAGGAGAAAAUGAACGAGGAUCCAUUUCUGAAUCCAGAUAUACUGAAGGACAACCCGUGGGUGGAGACAAGUAAAUGUGUUAUAAUAUAGUGCAAGAGCUGUCACUCAUCACUAUGGCAGCAGGAGUGACUCCACCCACAGUCAUGGUUACACUGGCCAACUUUGACUAGGACAGACAAACAUGCAAAUGUAAAUCUGCUUUCUUGUUUAUGCUUAUCAUGCCAUGACAUUAUGAAAAAAAGAAAAAAAAACUGUUGUUAUUUAGUGAAAACAUGUAUUUAUAAAAGUGUAAGACAGCUAUACAAGAACACAAUAAAAAACAA